UAUAUAUACAUAAAAACAUAUAUAUAUAUAUACUUGAGUAAUAUACUAUAUUAGCUGCCGGUAUAUAAAUCAAUAUGUUUACACUGCGCCGCAUCAGUCAACAUCUGUAUCCAAAACAAAUUCAAUACUUGAGAAUGUCGCAUGUGGGCGAGUUGGGCAGUGGUGCAGGCAAAGGUGGGGGCGCAGGCGGCUCCAUACGCGAAGCUGGUGGAUCGUUUGGCAAAAUGGAAGCUGCGCGCGAGGAGGAGUUCUUCUAUAAGCAGCAAAAGGAACAACUCAAGAACCUGAAGACGAAGACCGACACCAAGACGCCCGAAGCAACAAAGAAAUGAAAUACAUAAACAAACGUACAUAUAUAAAUGCUCAAUUUUAUAGUUUUUAGUUCUGUUUGAUAGUUUUUUAUGGAUCACAUUUCGAAAUAAAUUAAAAUAUUUUGUGUGAAGGAAAA